CAAUUCAGAUGAAACAAAAUUUUGCUACUGCAGACACUAAACAUCUUAACACUUAAAAAUUUAAAUUCCUGAAAAUUAAAAUGAAUCCAUUUAAAUGCGGUGAUGACACAGCUGCGGGCUCCUCGCUGAAGGAAGAAACCAACGGAGGAGAAGGAGCAUUGGAAAACCAGAAGAGCAACAAACUCGACCAACAAUCUGCGAAGGAAACUCCAGCUCCUCGAGUCCUGAAGCAGAGUGACUUCGAUGGUUUCGUUUUAAAACUAACGAAUCACUAUAAACGCGUGGAGGAGUUUAAGCGCCGCACUGAGAUGACCAUGAAGAGCUACAUGAAGCUUAUGCCACUCUAUAACGAGGCCAUGAGGCUGUACGCGGCCAAGUUAGCGCUGAGCAAGCAGGAGAAGACCGAGGAGCAGUUGGGCGACGCCAAGCAGACGCUGGAGGCACUGACCGAGAAGACCAUCGAAAGGUUGCGCAUUAUUGACCAGAAGCUGCUGGCACUGACCGACAAGAUCAAGGAACAUGCUAUAGAACACGCCCCAUAGGAGGAGCAGUAGUCAACGUCAAAACCCAUACAGCA